GGCCACCCCUCGACAAGACUAAACCGUUCAAAUAACUCCUCAGAAGAUCGUGAUACACCGCCCGAACCCAACUCAGCACCACCACAACCUGCCAAGGCACCACGUUUCGAGGCCUAUAUGAUGACGGGUGAUUUGAUAUUGAAUCUCUCGCGCACUCCCCAAAGUAGCAAUGUCUUGACUGUGCAAGCCAAAAAGGUUGAUUCGUUGCGGGACUCGCCAAAUCGUGUGGGACUGGCAAGGGCCAAUGGCGCCUUGGCGCCCAAGGCUUCGGGUGAAUCAUCACCCACCUCAUCGUCAUCCCAGGAAUCGCCCACACAUGCCAGUCACACCACAACCGAUUCCAAGAAUUUACAGAAUAGAGAAAAGUCCCGUUUCCAUAAGAAACAAGCGCUGGCGCAACAUCUUCAAAACUAUCAGCCACAACCACCACACCACCCCGAUAGUAUGGAUACAACCUACAAUAAUCGCCAGGACUCGCUGACCAAUGAUACACUGCUGCUGUGUGAGGAAUUGGAAAAGGAUGAUGAGGGCGAGGGUGGUGGCGGUGAUGGGGCCAAACAUCAGCAGCAGCAUCGUCAUCAACGUUAUGUCCAACAACAAAAUAAACACAAACGCCACCACCAACAACAGCAGCAGCAGGGUAAUCGACAAAAACAAAAAACCUAUGAAUACUAUCAGAACGAAGACGAUGCGGAGGAGGAGGAUGACGAUGAAAAUCCCGAUGAAGAUGAAGACUACGAUGAUGGCAAUUAUCCCGGUGAAGGCGCGGAAGACGAUGAGGAGGAGGAUGAUGAAAUGGACGAUGAGGAGGAUCAAACCAAUUACGAUAUUACCAAUUUGGAAACCUAUAACAGUGGUAUGGGAGGGCGUGGUGGCAGUAUCCAGGCCGAUGAUGAGGCUAGUGAUAGACAAUGUCUAAUGCAAGAAGAUGAGGAUGACGAAGACGACGUUGAUGGUGAGAAUCUACCCGAAGAUCCCAACUCCUUGGGCAGCUCUGCGGCGGCGGUGGCCGCCACCACAACAAAACAAAAACUAAAAGCUUUAAAACAAAAGGCUGCCUUGCGUUACAAAUUGCGGUCCGAGGACAAUGUGGAUUGUUCGCGUAAUUUGCGUAGCUCAGCAUCUUCAUCAUCAUCUGCCACAAUGGGCGGCGGUGGGGCAAAUGCCGGUGGUGGCGGUGGCAAUAAUACAUCACAGGAUGAAACCUCAUUCUCGGUACCCACAUCACCCAUCUCCUUGUCCACACCGCUGAUAGACAAGGAAACGGCCAAUUCCGUGCCAACCAGCCCUGAGCCAUCAAAUAUGGGGGCUGGAGGUCCUGGCGGUUCCGGCGGCGUCGCCGUUGAUACCAGCGGUGUGGUGCGACGCCACCAUCAUCACCAUCACCACCACAAUGGACAAAUUGUGCGCAAAUGUGAUUCGGCCGGUUUUCGAACCAGCAAAUCGGAAGAUCAUCUACAGCAAAUACAACGUGAAGGUAUGGCUGCUGUUAUACCCAUUGAUAUUGAUGAAGAUGUAAAUAGUUCUUUGAAUACACUAUUAGAUACACGGCAAGAUUCGGAAGAUUCUCAGAAUUCCGAUCGUGAUCGUAUUGUCUGGACAUAUAAUGCCCCACUACAGCCACAUCAAAUAGCAGCUUUGCAACAGCAGCAGCAGCAACAACAACAGCAGUAUUCAACACAUUACAAUAGCAGCAACAAUCAUUCGCAUUCCCAUCAUUCACAUUCACACUCCAGUUCGAUGAGUUCAUCGCCACAACAUUCAGCCGGUAGUCCUGCCUCACCCACAUCGGUAUCUAGUUCGGUUAUGUCAUCGUCGGGCGGUUCAAAGGGUGCCUUUGGCCUAAGCGGUAAUAAUAAUGGUCUAAUGCAAUAUGGUGGUCAACAACAACAACAACAUGUUGUUGUAACCAACGGUAGUAGUAUGAAUUCAACAACUAAUACAACAACAAUGGGUUUAUUGUACUACCCCAAUGGCAGCGGUGGGGGUGGUGGUAGUAGCAAUAAUACUAAUAACACUCUUGGUGGAGGUGGCGGCGGAGGAGACCUUAGUGUCUCCGAGGCCAUAUCAAAUAUUUCUAGCCCUGACUAUCAGGAUGAUGAUAAUUUACUCAGUUCUCGCGAUCUUUUAGGCGGUAUGAUACUUAGCGAUCCCAGUGAUUCGGACUCCACCAUUUUGGUUUCGGAUGCUGCUGUGCAGCGUCAACAGCACCAACAACAACACCGGCAACAGCAAAAAUCAUCAUCCUCUGAACACAAGGUUGUCAUAAAGGUGCGUGGCGCCGACAAUGGCAACACUGUCAAUAACAACAACAAUGGUGAUUCCGAAGAUGAACUUGCCACCCUUACCGAAGAACCUCUGCAACAGCAAGGUUCAACAUCGGCGGGCAUAAAUAAUAAUUGUGGCGGCUCGGCUGAUGGUCGUGACUCCUCACCACCUGUCUCCGAUGAUGGCAGUGAUGUUGAAUCUCUACACUCCUAUCACUAUUCACCCAAGGCUGUUGAUAUGCCAUCGGCCAUACGUUUGGCAAAAAGACUGUAUACUCUUGAUGGUUUCAAGAAAAGUGAUGUAUCACGUCAUUUAAGUAAAAACAAUGAUUUUAAUCGCGCUGUGGCCGAUGAAUAUUUGAAAUAUUUUAAUUUUGAAAAAAAGACUUUGGAUCAGUCGUUGCGUGAAUUUCUACAACAAUUCGCCUUAUCGGGUGAAACCCAAGAACGUGAACGUGUAUUGGUACAUUUUUCGAAACGUUAUUUAGAUUGUAAUCCUGGUACAUUUAAUUCACAAGAUGCCGUUCAUACCUUAACCUGUGCUAUUAUGUUACUAAAUACCGAUUUACAUGGCCAAAAUAUUGGUCGUAAAAUGACAUGCAGUGAAUUCAUUGAAAAUCUGGCCGAACUCAACGAUGGUGACAAUUUUCCCAAAGAUAUACUCAAAUGUUUAUAUCAGGCCAUUAAAACACAGCCAUUGGAGUGGGCCUUGGAUGAUGAUGCCAAUGAUUUGGCCAAACAACAGUCUGAUAAUAAAAAUAGUAUACAAUCGACAGCGCAUUUAGGACAAAAUCCAUUCUUGGAUUUACCCGAAACCACAAAUGCCGUGGAAUAUAAAAAGGGUUAUGUCAUGAGGAAGAGUUGUUAUGAUGCAAAUUUCAAAAAGACUCCUUUUGGCAAACGAUCAUGGAAAAUGUUCUAUUGUACACUGCGGGAUUUGGUGUUAUUUUUGCACAAGGAUGAACAUGGUUUUCGCAAGAGUCAAAUGUCUGAUAACCUUCAUAAUGCCAUACGCAUCCAUCAUGCCCUGGCAACCAAGGCCACAGAUUAUACUAAAAAACAACAUGUCUUUCGUUUACAAACUGCCGAUCAAGCAGAAUAUCUAUUCCAAACUAGCGAUUCCAAGGAAUUGCAAUCCUGGGUGGAGACUAUCAAUUUUGUAUGUGCCGCCUAUUCAGCACCUCCUUUAGAAGGAGGUGUGGGUAGUCAAAAACGUUUCCAAAGACCACUGCUACCUAGUUCGCAUACUAAAUUGUUACUGAAAGAACAAUUAGAGUCACAUGAACAGCAAUUAGCAAAAAUUGAAAACACAUUGAUGGAACAUAAAAAGGGUCCCAUACCAACAAAAGGCUUAGCUUUACAAAAUUACAAAGAAAAAGAAGCAUUUUUACAAUAUGAGUUACGUCGCUAUAAGGCGUAUGUGUCAAUUUUAACAGCUAAAAUAUUAGCUGACCAACAACAACAAUUCGAAUUACAACAAUCGAAUCAAUUAAACGAAGAAGAUUCGGAUAAGUUUUUUAAAAUACAAACUGCAACAGCUCCUAUACGUUUACAACCGAUGACAUCCUCCACACCACCAGCAGCAGCACCAAAUAGUAUUAAUGCUAAUGAUGAACAGCAGCAACAACAACAAGAACCGCAAUCUGGAAACAGCAGGUACAGUACAAAUAAUCGUGCUGCCAUUUAUCGUACAGAUCAACAGCAAGAUCUUGGCUGACGUGUAAUGGGAGUUUUCUCAGCUUGUGUGGUCUAAAUGUGUGUG